AUGAGGCGCGUGUCCUGGAUGCGCUCGGUGAGGGGCUGCAGCCCCCAGCCCCGGCGCUGCCCGUCCAGCUCCUCGGCCAGCCGCCCGCUGCCAGAGGAGCCCGGCCAGGAGCCGUCCACGGGCCAGCGGCGCAUGAACCCCCUCAACAUCCAGAUGCUGUCCAGGAGCCUCCACGAGCAGAUCUUCCGCGGCGCCCGGGUGCGCUACUCGGCGGAGGAGGUGCAGCGCAGCGUGCAGCACCUGCAGCAGCACGGGCUGUGGGACAAGGAGACCUCCACGCUGCCCGACGUGGAGCUGCGCCUGCCCCGCAUGUACGGCCGCGACAUCGACGAGCACUUUCGCCUGCUGGCGCAGAAACAGAGCCUACCCUACCUGGAGGCGGCCGAGGAGCUGCUGCGUUGCCAGCUGCCCCCGCUGCCCGAGCGCUGGGCCUGGCGCCUGGGCUGGACCCGCUACGGCCCCCAGGGGCAGGCGGAGCCCGUGGAGUUCCCCGAGGAGCGGGCGCUGGUGCUGGAUGUGGAGGUGUGCGUGGCCGAGGGGCACUGCCCCACGCUGGCCGUGGCGGUGUCCCCGCACGCCUGGUACUCGUGGUGCAGCAGGCGGCUGCUGGAGCAGCGUUACUCCUGGUCCAGCCACCUCACCCUGGCUGACCUCAUUCCCAUGGAGAGCCCAGCAGGUGCCAGCUGUGCCAGCAAACAGGACUGGAUAGAGAGAGUGGUGGUGGGACACAACGUGGCCUUCGACCGGGCGUUCAUCAAGGAGCAGUAUCUUAUCCAGGGCUCCAAGAUGCGCUUCCUGGACACCAUGAGCAUGCACAUGGCCAUCUCGGGGCUGACGGGCUUCCAGCGCAGCCUCUGGAUGGCUGCCAAGCACGGCAAGAGGAGGGGGCUGCAGCAGGUCAAGGAGCACAUGAAGAAAACACGCAGCAAGGCCGAGGGGCCGGCGGUCACCUCCUGGGACUGGGUGCACGUGGGCAGCAUCAACAACCUGGCGGACGUGCACGCUCUCUACGUCGGGGGGGAGCCCCUGGAGAAGGAGGCACGGGAGCUCUUUGUCAAGGGCACCAUGGCUGACAUCAGGAGCAACUUCCAGGACCUGGUGUCAUACUGUGCCCGUGAUGUCCAGGCCACCCAUGAGGUGUUUCAAGAGCAGCUGCCACUGUUUAUGGAGAGGUGCCCCCACCCUGUCACGUUUGCAGGGAUGCUGGAGAUGGGAGUGUCCUACCUGCCAGUCAAUGGGAAUUGGAACAGGUACCUGGAUGAUGCUCAGGGUAUUUAUGAGGAGCUGCAGAAGGAGAUGAAGAAGUCCCUGAUGAACCUGGCCAAUGAUGCCUGCCAGCUGCUGCACGAGCACAGGUACAAGGAUGACCCUUGGCUCUGGGAUCUCGAGUGGGACACACAGGAGUUUAAGCAAAAGAAGAAUCCAGAGAAGAAGAAGAAGAAGAAGAAAGGUCAGGAUGGGAGCAGCCCAGUUUCCCCAGCAGCAAUGGAAGCAAAAGAGUCAGCCCAGGAGUGGCAGGAGGACCCUGGUCCCCCCAGUGAGGAAGAGGAGCUGAAGGUCUCUGCGAGCCAGCUCUGUCUGGAGCGCCUGAAGGAGACGGUCACGCUGCAACCCAAGAGACUCCAGCACCUGCCAGGCCACCCGGGCUGGUACCGCAAGCUGUGCCCACGGCUGGAGGAGGAGGGCUGGGUGCCUGGGCCCAGCCUCAUCAGCCUGCAGAUGAGGGUGACCCCAAAGCUGAUGCGCCUGGCCUGGGAUGGAUUCCCCCUGCACUACUCAGAGAAGCAUGGCUGGGGAUACCUGGUGCCAGGACGGCAGGACAAUUUGCCAGCUGCCCCUGGAGAGACCGAUGGCCCCUCCUGCCCACACAGGGUGAUUGAGAACCUGUACAGGCAGCACUGCCUGGAGAAGGGCAAGGAGCAGCCCCCAGGGCUGGAGGCAGCUGUGGAGGAUGAGCUGCUGGGGAUGGACAGCAGCACGAUCUGGCAGAAGAUGGAGGAGCUGAGCCGGAUUGAGGUGGAUCCAGAGGAGAAAAUGAACAAAGCAGACCAGAGCCUGGUGCUGGAGGAGAUGGAAGAGCUGAGGUGCACAGAGAGGAAGAGCAAGCCCUCGUUCCACCAUGGCAAUGGUCCCUACAACGAUGUCAACAUCCCUGGGUGCUGGUUCUUCAAGCUGCCUCACAAGGAUGGGAACGAUAACAACGUGGGAAGCCCUUUUGCCAAGGAUUUCCUGCCCCAGAUGGAGGACGGCACCCUGCGGGCUGCUGUGGGCCGCACCCACGGGACAAGAGCCCUCGAGAUUAACAAAAUGAUCUCAUUCUGGAGGAAUGCUCACAAGAGGAUCAGUUCCCAGAUGGUGGUGUGGCUGAAGAAGGGGGAGCUGCCUCGUGUGGUGACCAGGCAUCCUGACUACAACGAGGAGGAGAGUUAUGGGGCCAUCCUGCCGCAGGUGGUGACUGCAGGCACUGUCACCCGCCGGGCCGUGGAACCCACCUGGCUGACAGCCAGCAACGCCCGGGCCGACAGGGUGGGCAGUGAGCUGAAGGCCAUGGUGCAGGUGCCGCCUGGCUACUCGCUGGUGGGAGCAGACGUGGAUUCCCAGGAGCUGUGGAUCGCGGCGGUGCUGGGCGAGGCGCAGUUCGCUGGCAUGCACGGCUGCACGGCCUUCGGCUGGAUGACCCUGCAGGGCAAGAAGAGCAACGGCACGGACCUGCACAGCAAGACGGCCGCCACCGUGGGCAUCAGCCGGGAGCACGCCAAGGUCUUCAACUACGGGCGCAUCUACGGGGCAGGGCAGCCCUUCGCCGAGCGGCUGCUGAUGCAGUUCAACCACCGGCUCACGCCGCAGCAGGCGCGGGACAAGGCCCAGCAGAUGUACGCCGUCACCAAGGGCAUCCGCAGGUUUCAUCUCUCUGAGGAGGGGGAGUGGCUGCUGACGAAGCUGGAGCUGGCUGUGGACAGGGCGGAGGAUGGAUCGGUGUCGGCCCAGGAUGUCCAGCGGCUCCAGAGAGAAGCCAUGAAAGGGUCCCGGUGGGAGAAGAAGUGGAAUGUGGUGGAGCAAAGAGUGUGGGCUGGAGGCACUGAGUCUGAGAUGUUCAACAAGCUGGAAAGCAUUGCCUUAUCCCCCUCCCCACAGACCCCAGUGCUGGGCUGUCACAUCAGCAGGGCCCUGGAGCCUGCUAUGGUCAAGGGGGAGUUUGUGACCAGCAGGGUGAACUGGGUGGUGCAGAGCUCAGCUGUGGACUACCUGCACCUCAUGCUGGUUGCCAUGAAGUGGCUGUUUGAGGAGUUUGACAUCAACGGGCGCUUCUGCAUCAGCAUCCACGACGAGGUGCGGUACCUGGUCCAGCACCAGGAUCGCUACCGGGCUGCCCUGGCCCUGCAGAUCACCAACCUCCUCACAAGGUGCAUGUUUGCCUACAAACUGGGCCUCCAGGACCUGCCACAGUCAGUGGCUUUCUUCAGUGCAGUGGAUAUUGACCAGUGCUUAAGGAAAGAGGUGACCAUGAACUGUGUGACACCAUCAAAUCCCAUGGGGAUGGAGAAGUAUGGCAUCCCUCAAGGGGAAGCACUGGAUAUAUAUCAGAUAAUUGAAAUAACCAAAGGUUCGCUGGAGAAGCAGUGACGACAGCAGAGGGCCAGGACAAUUGUCCAGACCGUGUGCCAAAGCCUCCCUGUCCUUUCAGAAGCAGAUCUUUUGGCAGGGACUGACUGAUCCCAGCUGCUCCCUUUCCAUUUUGCUGUAAGGGAUAUUCCUGGGGAAGAUUCAAAUAGCAGAGGCACUUCUGAUGGCAGCAGCCAGCUUUGAAACCUGUGACAGGGGCCAGAGUCGCUCCCAUGGACACAAAGGAAGAAAGCAGAAGUAUCUGACAAGAGAAGCAAUAAACCAUCAUCUCCAUAUCUGCAGCCUCUGAGACCAAGGAGAGUCCACCAUGGAAUGAGCACUGUGAGAGGAGGCAGUGGCAGCAACUCCAGUUUAUUUUUUUCUCUGUCUCUUCUUUUUGGGUUCCUGGUUCUCAUCUGUCUGCUCCGCUGUGCUGCUCUGGAGAGGGGAGGGAGAGAGCAGCAGUAGAGUGUGAUUGUUUUUGUGUGAACAGUCUAAGGAAUGGUUACCUAGAGCAAGAAGCUGUGCAGAUCAGGAUUUAGCUCUUUUUUUCUCACUAACAAAAUGACCUGAAUAUGGGAUACCUGUCAGCCACUGAGACUUUCCCCAUGGGUCACCCCCUACCCAGUUCAUGCUGGAACUUAGACCACAGGCUACCAGUGGCACAGUACAGGGAUGCUGUCCUGGGUUUUGGCUUGUUGAAACACUCAGGAAAAUAUGGACAGAAGCACCAAUAAAAACCUGGACAAUCA